UUGCUUAAAAUCUUUACGUUUUCUUGUUAUUGACGAAGCUGAUCGUAUAAUGGACGCUGUUUUUCAAAAUUGGCUAUAUCAUUUGGAUGAACAUGUGCGUGCCACUUCGGAUCAGUUACUGUCGGGACGCGCCGCGCCUCUCUGUUAUCGCGAGUUAGAAAUAAGUUGCGCCACACAACCGCAUAAGUUGUUAUUCUCGGCUACGCUUUCGCAAGAUCCGGAAAAAUUACAGAACUUAAGAUUGUUCCAACCUAAAUUAUUCACAUCGGUGCUUGCUAACUUGUCAGAAUUGCAAGAGAAGUUCGCAGAUGCAAUAAACAUUGAACAGCAAGAUAAUCAACUGAAUCGUGGUGAAUUCAUAGGAAAAUAUACAACACCAGCUGAGCUGACGGAACGCUAUUGUAUCACAGAGAAUCGCAUAAAACCAUUGACGCUGUUUGCCUUAAUCAAUGAAAAUGAAUGGACAAAAUUCCUUUGUUUCACGAACAGUGCUGACGCCUCGAGCAGAUUAGCUUUCGUUUUAAAUGCGUUAUUUAAUGAAAAACUGAUCAUACGUGACUUGAGCGCUUCCAUAAGCCCGAAGGAAAGAACUAAUGUUUUAAGUCAAUUCGCACGUGGACGCGUGCAUGGGCUUGUAUGUUCUGAUGCCCUAGCUCGUGGUAUUGAUUUAGCCAAUGUAGAUGUAGUCAUUUCCUAUGAUUUACCGCGACACAUCAAAACCUAUAUACAUCGUAUUGGUCGUACAGCGCGUGCGGGUAGUCUGGGUACAGCGAUAACAAUACUAAACCAAAAGGAGCUGCUACAAUUCAAUCACAUUCUCGGCGAGGUGGGUAAAGUGUUAACAAAUGAAAUUACCGUUACCAGCGAUCAUGAGACGGAAUAUGCCAAGGCCUACACUUUAGCGCUGCAGGCACUGCGUAAGAAGCUUGAACAAGACAAACGCACAGAAAUAUUGCGAAAAGAGCGCGCCAAGGAUAAAGCAAAAUUGGCAACUAAAGAUCCAUCGAAAAUGUCGGUUAUGGAAAAAUUGCAGUUGCAGGCUACGAUGCAGGUUAGGGAUAUUGAAGGCGAUAAUCAAGAACCCAAAAAGCACCAGAAAAACAAUCAAAAAGAUAAAUUGAUUAAGCGUAAGAAGUUUAAUGCGAGCGCUGGAAAACAUAAAGAAAUACAAAAAUAAAGUGGCUUACAAACAAUUUACAUAUUAA